CUACCGCUUCAGGAUCCGGGCCAUCUUUGCUCGUCCUCUCCGGUGACAUCCAGCGUGAAAACCUUCGCUCUUUUCAUCGCUUUCUCAUGAUUUACAAACUUAUUUAAAGUGUCAAGCAGGCGUCCGAAGAGGUUUACGGCUUUCUUUACCUCGCGAAACUCUUCACUGCGUUUUCUCACGAAAAAAAGAGAGGAGAAAAAGAAAGAGAAAGAAGAAGGCAAGGCGGGGAGACAACAUGGAUGAGGAAUAUGAUGUGAUCGUUUUGGGCACGGGACUGACGGAAUGCAUCCUGUCCGGGAUCAUGUCUGUGAAUGGCAAGAAGGUUCUGCACAUGGACAGAAACCCGUAUUACGGCGGCGAGAGUUCAUCCAUCACCCCCUUAGAGGAGCUUUACAAGCGUUUCAGUCUUCCUAACAGCCCGCCGGAAUCCAUGGGCCGAGGACGCGACUGGAAUGUGGACCUCAUCCCUAAGUUCCUUAUGGCUAACGGUCAGCUGGUGAAGAUGCUACUCUACACGGAAGUCACUCGCUACCUGGACUUCAAAGUGGUCGAGGGAAGCUUCGUGUACAAGGGAGGAAAGAUCUACAAGGUGCCCUCCACCGAGACCGAGGCAUUGGCUUCAAAUUUGAUGGGAAUGUUCGAGAAGCGCCGCUUUCGAAAGUUCUUGGUCUUCGUGGCCAACUUUGAUGAGAAUGACCCCAAGACCUUUGAGGGAGUGGACCCCAAGACCACCACCAUGAGGGAUGUUUACAAGAAAUUCGACCUGGGCCAGGAUGUCAUUGACUUCACAGGCCACGCCCUUGCCCUCUACAGGACUGACGAGUACCUUGACUUUCCGUGCCUGGACACCAUCAACCGAAUUAAACUUUACAGCGAGUCGUUGGCGCGUUACGGAAGGAGCCCCUACCUCUACCCCUUGUACGGCCUCGGAGAGCUGCCGCAGGGAUUUGCCAGAUUGAGCGCCAUCUACGGAGGCACCUACAUGCUGAACAAGCCCGUGGACGAAAUUGUCAUCGAAGGCGGCCACGUGAUUGGCGUCAAGUCUGAAGGCGAGGUGGCACGUUGCAAGCAGCUCAUCUGCGACCCCAGCUACAUACCCGACCGCGUGCGCAAAGCGGGCCAGGUGAUCCGCGUCAUUUGCGUCCUCAGCCAUCCCAUCAAAAACACCAACGACGCCAACUCCUGUCAGAUCAUCAUCCCUCAGAAUCAGGUCAACCGCAACUCGGACAUCUACGUGUGCAUGAUCUCUUAUGCCCACAACGUGGCGGCACAGGGGAAGUACAUCGCUAUUGUCAGCACCACGGUGGAAACCAGCGAGCCGGAGGCUGAGAUACAACCUGCCUUCGAGCUGCUGGAGCCCAUCGACCAAAAGUUUGUGGCGAUCAGCGAUCUCUACGAGCCAACUGAUGACGGUACAGAGAGCCAGAUCUUCGCCUCCAGCUCCUACGACGCCACCACUCACUUCGAGACCACCUGCAACGAUAUCAAGGACAUCUACAAGCGUAUGACCGGCAGCGACUUUGACUUUGAGAACAUGAAGCGCAAACAAAACGACGUGUUCGGGGAGGACGAACAGUGAGAGACGUGCGCCCGCCCGGCCGCCACGUACACAAACAUGCACGCGCUACAGUCACCGAAAAACAGGACCGAUACGAUCUUUCAUUCGUUUGUAGAAACUAUAAUCCUGUCUUAACUAUUGUCACUAGAGCCGCUUUUUAAGCAUUUGCUUCCUUCUCAACUAUCUUUUGGCUCACGCCGGCUAACAUCUUAGCUUAGAAUCUUCCGGAAGGCUCACGUACACGCGUGUUAGACACGUGCGGUAGUAUUUUACCCGGGGCCCAACAUCGUGCAUAUCGUGUAAAUGGCUUCCGUGUGCUAACUUUGCCAUGCCAACUUUUAGUGGCUCUUUGUCACUCCCCUGUGAAAAAAAAACAAAAUGCUAGCUGUAUGCUAGCAAGCACUUGUGCUGGUUUUGUUGCAUUUUUUUGUGCUGUGUGUUCAAUUUCCUGGCUCCUCACAUCUUCGACGGAAAACGGACAGGCGCGUAAGACACGACGUUCUGUGGUCGGCAGUCAAUUUUGUUAACAGCUCGCGUCAGUGGGCAUUUUGCAUGUUAUCUCCAUUGCUGUCAAGUUGUAUUACAAACUAACAUUGGAUAUAAUAUUCAAAUUAAAAACCUGACCGGAAUAAAAAUGCUUCAUGUACACGCACCUGUCGGAAUAUUCCGAGAUUCUAUUCCGAACGAGUAGGAUGGUUUACAACGAUUUAUAAUCCAAGGGCGCGCGUGAAAACACAUGGCUACGUUUACAUGGACAAAAUGUCUUUGAUCCGAUCAGUGUUCGGGUUAAAAUUAUGAUCGGACGCACUUUAGCGCAGUGUUGUUUUUGGUACCCCUUUUAAUUUUUGUCUUUUGGACAAAAGUCCUUAUGUGUUUUAGUCAAAUUUUAGUCAUUUUUAAAUGUUUUAUAACAAAAAAAUAAUUGACGCUCUUUAAUGACUACUCAAGCUCAUAGCAAACACGGAGCGCUAAAAGACGAGCUAACUUCGGCAGCCAUUGCUUGCUAGCUAUUUCAUCUCACUGUUUGUAAGUUCUAUUGUUCUUUUGUUUCAUAUACAUGAGUAUUGUUGUGUGUAUAUUUCUUUUGUGUACAUUUAUAGUCAAACGUACAGGUAGCACCAUGGUUACGACGUACUGGAUUCACGCGAUUUCGACUUUAUGACGCCGUAGUCUCGUCCGCCAUUUUGUCUCCAGUCGUUCUUUGUUUCUUCAGUCGCAUAAACAGUACCUUUUUGUACCUCACGGAAUCUUAUUUUUUUACUUUACUUUAUUAAUAUGACGUGUUCUGUCCUCACUAAACGUAAAGUUAUUCAGCAUGACAGCAAACAAGGGAAUUGUUCUUUUUCAAGCCAUUUACUUCCCUCACGUUUCUAAAGCUGGAACACACAUAUGUACACUUAUGUGAGAAACGGCACGCAUUUUAACAAUAAAACACUGGACGCAAAACAAUUGGUGUUCAAAUCUAGCCUGAUCAAUACCUAAAUUUAGUAGAUUCAAUUAGCCUAAUUUACCUAACAAAAGUUCGCUAGCUUAAAUGCUACGAAUGCUAACGUAUUUAUAAUUCUCAUAGCAAAUCACUGACACGUAACUCCACAAACUGUAGCUGUAAACUUAAUUACAAGUGCAUACACAAACAUAUAUUAGCUGAGACAACGUACAGCUUGAUUUUGGCCAAACCAAAGCGCAGCUGUUCUUUAUCCAUGUCAGAUGAGAGUCUUAGUCAUAAGGCGACAGUCCAGGCAGACCCAGCGCUACCACCAGAGGGCAACGUAUCCUCCAUUAUUAAACAAAAUAAAACACUGUUGGACUUUUUGGAUAGUUAUUUUGGGGUACUUAAAGGGUUAAUUCCGACUUACGCGGCAAUUCGGUUUAUGUCGCUAGCGUAGGAACGGAACUUGUUCGUAACCCGGGGACUACCUCGCUAUUACAGCACGUAUUAUCUUUUGGUUUAUGCAUAAUUUUUCAUAAUAUGAAUCGAAAAAAAGCUUAUGGAAACGUUUCAUAAAAUAAAUUUUUCGUGUACCGGAGCUUUCGUAUCUCAAGGUAUCACUGUAUACUGGAAAUAGUCAUAGAAGAAGAAGCCUUGGCGACAUCCGUGUCAACAAAGCAUCCCUACGUCCAUUUUUACUCGAAACAUUAGCGUUAUUUUGCGUAUCAUUCCCGGUCUUUCAGCAAAUGCAACAUCUUUCAAUAUCUCCUGUAACGCGUUCGUCUCGUAUACAAUUUUUUCGCCCGCUGAUUCUUUCACUUGCGUUGCUCCUCCUAGCUUCCUGAAAUACCACAAAUGCUAUGUUAACUUGCAUAGCAAAAAUCUGCUAGCUUAAAUGCUAUUAAAUGCUUUUUUUUUUUUUUUUUUUUACAAUGCUCUUAACAAAUCAUCCAAACACAUAUUCCGACAAAACAAAAACUGCUAAAUAUACCUCUGAAAUAAAGUACAAAUGCUUAAACGAUCAUAUUAGCUCAAACAAAAACUUACUUAAUCCUUAUGUUGGUUUUAACAGGGAGCAGCUGGAUCCAGCCCAUGUUAGAUGACUUAUGUCAUAUUCACUGUUGCCACUAAAGGCAGUGUAUCCACCCGAAUCAAUAAAACUAAUGCAAACACUUUCAAAACAAACCAUUACGACGCCACUCGAAUUAAAUGAACCACUCGAGUUAACCGAUCAAUCGUUGCAGCACUAGUCAAGAAUGUUAGUCUCGAGAUUUCGUUUUCAUUUGCGACGAUUAUAAAAUCGACAGAAUAUUCCGAAUGGGGUGUCACCAUGAAGUAUUUUUAUUCCGAUGAGGCUUUUAAUCCGAAUAAAUGUGUCGCCACUCCUCCAAAAAUUUCGCAAGAAACCGACAAAUAUGUUGGUUUGCGAUAUUAAAAGAUUUUACAAUUGUAGAAAAAUGUUAAAAACACACGAAAUAACGCUAAUGUUUAAAGUAGACAUUGACAGAGCGAUGUUUCGUUGAUGUUUUGUUGAAAUCGCUACAGCUUCUUCUACUACUAUUUCCGGUCGAUUUGGUCAAUCUGCGCAUGUCAAAAUAAUUUGUUAUGAGCCAUGAAAACCGAUCGUAAUUUUAAAUUCGAAUGCUGGGAAUUUUGUCCAUGCAAAACGUAAAACAUCGGCUGAUACACAAAGCGCCAAUUUGAAGAAGGCUUUGACUAUUUAUGUAUGUCCUUUGUCAUUUCAAUAUCAUCAGUAUUUGCUUCCAAACAUUGUGAUUACUCAUCAUUAGGCUCAUAAACAAUCUGGCUUUCGGUGAUUCCGUGUUUUAUUGUCGCAAUGUCACGAUGAUAUUUUCAGGUAUUUCGCUUAUUGACUGCCAUUGACAUCAAAUUUGUUUGAACUGGAAGUGAAUGAUUAUGUAUUAGUGCCACUGACGGCAAUACUGGUCCUUCUCAAAAAAUUAGCAUAUUGUGAUCAAGUACAUUAUUUUUCUGUAAUGUACAGAUAAACAUUAGACUUUGAUAUAUUUUAGAUUCAUUACACACAACUGAAGUAGUUCAAGCCUUUUAUUGUUUUAAUAUUGAUGAUUUUGGCAAAAAAGUCAAGAAAAAACAAAAAAUGGUGGAUCACUAAAAGGUACUCUAAAGAAGCUACUGACCUAAUAAUCUGAAUCAACGAAUUAACUCAAAACCCAUGCGAAAGAUUCCUGAGACUUUUAAAAACUCCCAGCCUGGUUCAUUACUCAAAACCGCAACCAUGGACAAGACUGCCGACCUGACUGCUAUCCAGAAGGCCAUCGUUGACACCGUCAAGCAAGAGGCUAAGACAAAGAAAGAAAUUUCUGAGCGACUAGGCUGUUCCCAGAGUGCUGUACUAAGGCAGUACUCAGUAGAAUGGAAAAAGUGUUGCAGGAAACGCUGCACAACCAGAAGAGGUGACCGCACCCUGAGAAAGAUUGUGGAGAAGGGCUGAUUCCAGACCUGCAGAAACAGUGGACUGAGUCUGGAGUAAAAACAUCCAGAGCCACCGUGCACAGGCGUGAGCUGAAAGAGGGCUACAGGUGCCGCAUUCCCCAGGUCAAGCUACUUUUGAACCUGAAACAGCGGCAGAAGCGCCUGACCUGGGCAGCACUGGACUGUUGCUCAGUGGUCCAAAGUGCUUUUUUCAGAUGAAAGCAAAUUUUGCAUGUCAUUCAGAAAUCAAGGUGCCAGAGUUUGGAGGAAGACUGGGGAGAAGGAAAUGCCAAAAUGCCUGAAGUCCAGUGUCAAGUACCCACAGUCAGUGAUGCUCUGGGGUGCUGGUGUUGGUCUACUGAUUUUGAUCAAGGGCAGGGUCAAUGCAGCUAGCUAUCAGGAGAUUUUGGAGCACUUCAUGCUUCCAUCUGCUGAAAAGCUUCAUGGAGAUGAAGAUUUCAUUUUUCAGCACCACUUGGCACCUGCUCACAGUGCCAAAACCACUGGUAAAUAGUUUACUGACCAUGGCAUUACUGUGCCCAAUUGGCCUGCCAACUCUCCUGACCUGAACCCCAUAGAGACUCCCGACCAAGUAUUGAGUGCAUAGCUGAUAAAUAAAGGUUGACUUUUUUUGUUUUAAAAAAACACUUUUUUGUUUGGUCGGAUGAAAUAUGCAAAUUCUUUUAGACAAGGAUUUUUGGGUUUUCUUGACUUUUUUUUGCCCAAAUCAUCAAUAUUAAAACAAUAAAAGGCUUCAACUACUUCAGUUGUGUGUAAUGAAUCUAAAAUAUAUGAAAGUAAUGUUUAUCAGUACAUUACACAAAAUAAUGAACUUUAUCACAAUAGGCUUUUUUUUUUUGAGAAGGACUAGUAGAUGGCCAAUCCGUUUUGACUGCCGGUCUUGAUCAUGAAUGGUCAAAAUGGACUGGAUGUACAGUAUAUGGCCAUCAGUGACAGCCAACGAGUUAGCUAGGCCAUAAUUACAAUUGGGUAGUCUGCCUUUUCGGGAUUGGUUUCGACUGUAGGCAUCGGAUGUGAUUGGUGGUGGCUUGACAAAGAAGCUUAAAAGCAUGAAUUUGUCCCUAGUCUGACCAAGCAAAACAGGUUUAGUCAUGGUUAAAUCCUCCUGCCGAAUGUAUUAAUUGUCACUGUCAUGUAAAGUACCGUAUUUUCCGGACUAGAGGAUGAACAGUUAAUGACCUGAUUUCAAAUGGAAAUGACCCCGAAAUGCCUCCAAAUCAAGAGGAAGUCACCUAAUAUCAACAGGAAGUGACCCCGAAAUGCCCCCAAAUCAAGAGGAAGUGAACCGAUAUCAAGAGGAAGUGACCCCGAAAUUCCUCCAAAUUAAAAGGAAGUGACCUAAUAUCAAGAGGAAGAGACACUAAAUGCCCCCAAAUCAACAAGAAAUGACACUAAAUGCCCCCAAAUCAACAGGAAGUGACCCUGAAAUGCCCCCCAACUCAACAGGAAGUGACCAGAUAUCAACAGGAAGUGACCCUGACAUACCCCCAACUCAACAGGAAGUGACCCCAAAAGGCUCCCAAAUCAACAGAAAGUGAACCGAUAUCAACAGGAAGUGAAUCCGAAAUGCUCCCAAAUCAACAGGAAGUGACCCUGAAGUGCCUCCAAAUCAAGAGGAAGUGACCGAAUGUCAAAAGGAAGUGACCCAAAAUUGCCACCAAAUCAAGAGGAAGUUACCUGAUAUCAACAGGAAGUGACCCAAAAUUGCUCCCAAAUAAAUAGGAAGUGACUGGAUAUCAACAGGAAUAGACCUCGAAAUGCCCCCAAAUCAACAGGAAGUGACCCGAUAUCAAUAGAAAGUGACCCCGAAAUGCCUCCAAAUCAAGAGGAAGUGACCCGAAAUUGGACCCCAUAUCAAUAGGAAGUGACCCGUUAUCAACAGGAAGUGACCCUAAUCGCCCCCAAAUAAACAGGAAGUUACCGUGAAAUGCCCCCAAAUCAAGAGGAAGUGACCCUGAUAUGCCCCCAAAUCAACAGGAAGUGACUGAUAUCAACAGGAAGUGCCCCUCAAAGGCCCCCAAAUCAACAGGAAGUGACCUAAUAUCAACAGGGAGUGACCCCGAAAUGCCUCAGAAUCAACAGGAAGUUACCCAAUCGCUAACCAUCAGAGCAAAACUACCAUCUCAAUUUUCCCAGCCAUUUUCUAUUGUUAAUUUAGUUUCUAUUAACCUUAAAUUAAUUUAUAAAUGAAUACAAAAUAGAUUUAAUACAAGAAAACAUAAUAAUGAUUCACCAUUUUAACAUAAAUGUUAAUUUUUUAUUUUUAUUUUUUUUGUCACCGGCGCUAUUAAAGGUUAAAGGUCAAACGUUUCAACUUUUAAACAGCUGUCCUUGAAAAGGUGAAAGAUGUUCAAUAAUAAUGUUAUUUUGCUUGUUGCGAUCCACACACACACACAAAUAUAGCUCAAUGCUAAGUUCUGUUUUCCUUUGUACCAUGCUUAAUUUAGGAGCAAAAACAGUUUCACAUUCGACGUCGUUUGACUUAACAACAUUGUGAUCGUGUGUGUGGGAGUAUGUGUGUGUUGAUCUGAAAAUAACUGUAGUCUUUCCUCAUGAAUAUAAUGAGUGGCCUCCCUCACCCUGCCUUCCUCAACAUAUAGUGCUUUAACAUUUUGUUUUUUCUAUUUAUUGAAAACACACAUGUGGUUGUACUCUUUUCAUUCUGAUUUUGUUCGGGGCCUUGGAAAGCCACUUUUGCCCAUUUCCCUUUCAAUCGACCGACAUGGAAUUCAACUGUCCUGUUAUGUGACCGAUGCCGAAGUCUUGUGUCGCAAAUACGAUGAAUUCAACUAUGAGUGAAAGGAUAGAAAAAUAAACCAAAAAAAAGCACAUGAAA